UGCGCUGCCUGCGGAGUCGCCAUGAGCUGGGGCACGGAGCUGUGGGAUCAGUUUGAUAAUUUAGACAAGCACACACAGUGGGGCAUUGACUUCUUGGAAAAAUACGCAAAAUUUGUUAAAGAAAGGAUAGAAAUUGAACAGAAUUAUGCAAAGCAACUGAGAAAUCUGGUGAAGAAGUACUGUCCUAAACGUUCAUCCAAAGAUGAAGAGCCCAGGUUUACCUCAUGUAUAGCCUUUUAUAAUAUCCUUAAUGAAUUAAAUGACUACGCCGGACAGCGCGAAGUAGUAGCAGAAGAACUGGGACAUAGGGUAUAUGGAGAACUGCUAAGAUACUCCCACGAACUCAAAACUGAAAGAAAAAUGCACCUUCAAGAAGGUCGAAAAGCUCAACAGUAUCUUGACAUGUGUUGGAAGCAGAUGGAUAAUAGCAAAAAGAAAUUUGAGAGGGAGUGCAGAGAAGCAGAGAAGGCUCAGCAGUGCUAUGAGAGGCUGGACAAUGAUACCAAUGCGACUAAAGCAGAUGUUGAGAAAGCCAAGCUGCAGUUAAACCUGCGUACACAUAUGGCUGAUGAAAACAAAAACGAGUAUGCUGCCCAGCUGCAAAAUUUCAAUGGUGAACAGCACAAGCAUUUUUAUAUUGUCAUUCCUCAGAUUUACAAGCAUCUUCAAGAAAUGGAUGAGCGAAGAACCAUCAAACUCAGUGAAUGUUAUAAGGGGUUUGCAGAUUCUGAGCGCAAAGUUAUUCCAAUAAUCUCAAAAUGUUUAGAUGGAAUGAUUUCUGCAGCGAAAUCAGUCGAUGACCGCAGGGACUCUCAAAUCGUAAUAGACUCCUUCAAGUCUGGUUUUGAACCUCCUGGAGACUUUCCCUUUGAAGAUUAUAGUCAGCACAUUUACAGGACUGUUUCUGAUGGAACAAUCAGUACACCAAAGCAAGAAGGGAUGAAAAUAGAUGCAAAAACCACUGUGGGCAAAGCAAAGGGCAAACUGUGGCUUUUUGGAAAGAAACCAAAGCCGCAGUCCCCACCCCUUACCCCUACUAGUUUAUACACGUCCAGUACUUCUAAUGGUUCCCAGUAUCCCAUAUUCUCCAUUGAACAAGUGCAUUAUUGCAUGAGUGAAAUAAAAACAGGGAAGCCCAGACUUUCUUCUUUCAGGAGCCUCAAAAGAGGGUGGUCGAUGAAGACGGGUCCUGCACAGGAAGAUUUUAGCCACCUGCCUCCAGAACAGAGGCGAAAGAAGUUGCAGCAGAGGAUUGAUGAACUUAACAGAGAACUACAGAAAGAGACGGAUCAAAAAGACGCUCUCAUUAAAAUGAAAGAUGUGUAUGAGAAAAAUCCACAAAUGGGAGAUCCAAGCAGUCUUCAGCCAAAAUUAGCAGAGACUAUGAGCAACAUGGACCGCCUCCGGAUGGAAAUACACAAGAAUGAGGCCUGGCUUUCUGAAGUUGAAGGUAAAGGAGCAGCCAGAGGAGACCGAAGACAUAGCAGCGACAUCAACCAUCUUGUAACUCAAGGAAGAGAGAGCCCUGAGGGGAGCUAUACCGAUGAUGCAAACCAAGAAGUUCGAAGCCCACCACAGCAACACAGCCACCAUAACGAAUUUGAUGAUGAGUUUGAAGAUGAUGAUCCUUUACCAGCUAUUGGACACUGCAAAGCUAUAUAUCCAUUUGAUGGUCACAAUGAAGGUACCCUGGCAAUGAAAGAGGGGGAGGUUCUGUACAUUAUAGAGGAGGACAAAGGGGAUGGCUGGACAAGAGCUCGGAGGCAGAACGGAGAAGAAGGAUAUGUGCCAACUUCCUACAUAGAUGUAACUCUGGAGAAGAACAGUAAAGGUUCCUGAAGCGGGUUUCUGAGAAAAUGGGCGAGAUGUUGAAGGAGGUUACAUGCAGCUGCUUUUGGGGGGAGGGUGUUAGGCCCAGCAAGAUGGGGGGGGGGGAGCCAGUUGCAUGAAGGCCUGUAGGCAUACAUUUCCAUUAACAAUAUGAGCAUUGCUGUGUAUGUUCAGCGUUUCUGUGGCAAACUAAAGCUCCAUUCCAGCAGAACCAAAAACAUCCUGUUCUGAAAACGC